UUGCUAGCUUGCAGUUCACUGGUCUCUGCAUGAAUGACAUAAAGAGGGCUUAGCCACUCCCCUUAUAAAUUAAUGUCAAAGAGUUCUGAACUUCAUGUCUCAGUAUCCCACAAAACUAGAAGAACCACAUUAGAUACUUUAGCCUUUCUAACUAUAGAAAGCCGAGCAAAUGACCCAAAUUCUCUGUUUAGAAACUGAGAAUUCUUAUGGUUGUUUCUGAUCUUGAAAACUGAACUUUACAGGAGACCAAAACAUGAUGAAUAUCAGAAUAUCUUGGGUUUGGAUUGUAGUCCUCUCUCUUGGUUUCACAUUCCAUAACCUUUCGACUUCACAGGCAAGGAGCACUAGCCAUACGCAUCACCCAACUGCCGUCGUUGUGGGAACUGUUUUCUGUGAUACUUGCUUCCAGCAGCAAUUCUCAGGGGCUAGUCACUUCAUUUCAGGUGCUACUGUUGCUGUAGAAUGUGCUGACUCAACCACUGAAUCAAGUUUUUACAAGGAGGUGAAAACCAAUGAGCAUGGAAAAUUCAGUGUAGACCUUCCUAUCUCUGUAAGCAAACAUGUCAAGAAAAUCAAGGGAUGUUCUGUGAAGCUGAUUAAGAGCAGUGAGCCAUAUUGUGCUGUGGCGUCAACAGCAACUUCAUCUUCCCUUCAUCUCAAGUCGAGAAAACAAGGGACUCACAUAUUCUCUGCAGGUUUCUUCACAUUCAAACCUCUUAACCAGCCAGAUCUAUGUAGCCAAAAGCCAAGCAUCCAAAAUUCAAAAAAGAAAUUAAUAGAUCCUCAAAAGUCUGCUAUUUCAAAUCCUAAUGAUCCCACAUUUUACCCACCAAUUCAAGAUCCACCAGCACCAGGUACUUUACUUCCACCUCUUCCUAGGCUACCUCCUUUGCCAUUGCUUCCUCCUUUGCCAGAUCUUCCAGGACUUCCAGUAUCUAAAGAAUCUAGCAAACAGUACUCACAAUCAGAAGCUGCAGCUAAGCCAAGAUUUUUCAAUCCAAUAGGAGGACUUCCCUUGCCUCCAAAUCCACUUCUUCCACCACCUUCAAUCCUUCCUCCAAACCCAUUAUUACCUCCACCUUCCAUAAUUCCUCCAGUCAUCCCCUCUCCUCCUCCUUCCAUAUUUCCUCCCUUAUUCCCUUCUCCUCCACCUUCAAUAAUUCCUCCGAUAAUCCCUUCACCUCCACGCCCUCCACCUUCAUUGUUUCCUCCAUUUAUCCCACCACUCAUACCUGGUAUAACUCCAUCUCCCCCACCCCCACCCCCUUCUCUCUUCCCACCUCUCCCUCCACUCAUACCUGGUGUUCCUCCAGCUGCUACUUCUUCAUCUCUGCAAAAGAAGAACCAUUCUCCUUAGUCCACAAUACAGUUACACAAACCCCUGCAAUAUAGCUAGCUAUUACUUUUUUAUUAUGCACUGUGUGUAAUUCUCCAUAAACAUACUCCAUUUUGUUUUACUACCUUUCUGUUUACCUUUGUAAUUUUCUAAUGCUCAGUUCCAUCUUGUUUUUGUUAGACAUCAAGGUGACUGUAUGAUUUGUAAUGCUACUUCAAUAAAAGCUAAACUUAUCUGUAA